GAGAGCUACAAACUCACAUCCAUCUAUCUAGCUUAGCCCUCCAUCAAACAGCAUACGCACCUCUCCAUCUCUACUCUAGAUUACUUGAAAAGGAAAACAAAAAACAUGGGCCGGUCCCCAUGCUGCGAUAAGGAAGGCUUGAAGAAAGGGCCAUGGACUCCCGAAGAAGAUCAGAAGCUUCUCGCAUAUGUCCAACAACACGGCCAUGGCAGCUGGCGCGCUCUCCCUCCUAAAGCCGGGCUGCAGAGGUGUGGGAAGAGCUGCAGAUUGCGGUGGACGAACUAUUUGAGGCCAGAUAUUAAGAGGGGCAAGUUCAGUUUACAAGAAGAGCAGACCAUCAUUCAGCUUCACGCCCUCCUAGGAAACAGGUGGUCCGCGAUAGCGAGCCACUUGCCUAAAAGGACUGACAACGAAAUCAAGAACUACUGGAACACUCAUCUGAAGAAAAGGCUAGUGAAAAUGGGGCUCGACCCGACCACGCAUAAGCCCAAGAACCACGCCCUCGGGUGCAGCCAGCCGAAGCAGAUAGCCAACCUGAGCCACAUGGCUCAGUGGGAGAGCGCCCGCCUUGAAGCCGAGGCACGGAUCGUUCGCGAGUCAAAACAGCUCGCGUCCAACUCCUUGGCCUCUCAACUGAUGAACGCUGCCUCCGCCUCUGGCCUUGUGUCGUCGCGGCCGCCUUGCCUCGACAUACUCAAAGUCUGGCAAGGCACGUGGAUGAGGAGUUCGAGGAAGGACCUCUUUGCCGCCAACGCCAACCUCGAGUCCCCCACGUCGAUAUUCAACUUCGGCGACAACGCCGUCGGAUUGAUCAGCUACGGCGGCCCAUGCACGGCGGAUCAAAACAAGGGCAUAAUGGGGAAUUCGGUUGAGCUGCAUGAUCAUAUCAUAGACCCUAAUUACACCGUGGCUGAUUCGAUGAGGUUUCCGAGCUUCUUGGAUGGCUUCGGACACGAUGGCAACAUUGUGUUCGAAGAUAAUAAGGGCAACAACUACUGGAGCAAUAUUCUCAACGUCGUCAAUUCGCCAAUGGGUUCGCCCGUUUUCUAGCUUCACUACUAUACAAAAUAAUAUUCCAAGUUCUAGGGUUUUAGCGUUUUUUUAAUUAAUAUAAUUAUAUGUGUGUGUGUGUGUGUGUGUUGAGGUUUAGGUAAUCUGAAAUUCAUGGAUGUCGUCGAAGACGGGUUAACAAUGUUGUAGUGAGUUUUUUUUUUUUGGUUAAGAUUGAGUAUGUUUGUUUUGUUUA